CCACGUAGCGAUUUUAACCUUAUAGGCGAAAUCGGCCGAAAGAAAGAAGAUAAAACCACCUCAAGUCUUAUCGCCCGAUUUCCACUCCCUCACCCGAUUUGCUACUGGGUUGCAGCAGUGUCUUCUUCGGCUUCAGCAUUACGUGUACGAGUACAGAGAGGCUUUCCAUUUCAUUAUACGGUCGGCUGUCCAGCAGCAAUCAACAGUGAUAACACCGGCGGGGCAAAGACCGGAUACUACACAUUGGGAACCUGAGGGCACUAUUUAAUUAAGUACAACCGCCGUGAUAAAUAAUAGCCAAUUGUCCCCAGCACAAAAUGACGGAUCUUAUCAGGAAGGGAGCUCUGUUCCUAAUGAGCGAGAAGUGCUAUGAUAACUACUUCCUGGAGCACAACUUCUUAGACAUUCCCUGCUUUAAGGCUCUGCUGAGCAAGGGCUUGGGCCUGGCCAUUAUUGCCGGUUCAGUGCUGGUAAAGGUGCCCCAGGUGCUAAAGAUCCUCAAUAGCAAGUCCGGCGAGGGCAUUAACAUAGUUGGCGUGGUGUUGGACCUGCUGGCCAUUUCCUUCCACCUUUCGUACAACUUUAUGCAUGGCUAUCCGUUCAGUGCCUGGGGCGACAGCACCUUUCUGGCCAUCCAAACCGUGGCGAUUGCCGUCCUUGUCCUCUACUUUAAUGGUCGCAAGCUGCAGUCUGGCUUGUUCCUCGUAGGCUAUAUAAUACUGAUGUACGUCCUCAACUCUGGACUAACGCCGAUGUCGGCACUGUUCACCAUCCAGAGCUGCAACAUUCCCAUCCUGCUGGUGGGCAAGCUGUCGCAGGCGUUCACCAACUUCAAGGCUGGAUCCACGGGCCAGUUAUCUGCCGCCACAGUGAUCAUGAUGUUUGCCGGGUCGGUGGCCCGCAUCUUUACCUCCAUCCAGGAAACUGGCGACACAAUGAUCAUCGUCACAUUCGUCGCCUCCACUUUCGCCAACGCUGUCAUCUUGGGCCAACUGAUCUAUUACUGGGAUAAGCCCCCAACUGGCGCUGUCAAGGGUGGCAAGGACGGAAAGGCAAAGAAGCCCAAGAGCAAGAAGGAUGAUUAGGCUGGAGAGCUAGCAGACGAAACAGAAAGAGACUUGAACUCGAAACGAAAAAAACUUAGGUUGCAAAUAUUUCUCGACAUUGUAGAACAAAAAUAUGCAAGUUUAAAUAAAUAGAGUCCUAGUUUA